AUCACUACUUUUAUUAUUUAUUAGCGAAGUAGGUAGUAGUCUUCAAUAUAAUAUUAUAUCAUAAAUUAAACACUUGUAUUUGCAUAAACUUGAGCUUACAAAUUUUCCCUUUUAAAAAUACUUGAUAGAAGGUGGAAUAAAUUUGUGAUCAGACAAAAAUGGUUGUUGGAGCAUUUCCAAUUGCUAAAUUGUCCGUUUUACUAAUAAAACAAAUAAGUAAGCCAAUAGCAAAUAUAUGUAAAGAACGAGCCAAAAAUAGUCCUUUCUUCAGGACCUACGUUUGUAUGCCUCCGGCUCAGUUUUAUAAUUGGUGCGAAGUAAAAGCGAAAAUGUGGAUCUUAAAUUUAGGAAAACCAGUAAAUAUUCCAGUUCUUAGUCAGGAAAUGGCAAUUGAACUUGGAGCUAAUCUUCUUGGUGAAACUGUUAUAUUCGUUAUUGGUGCCGGUUUACUCAUUAUUGAGUAUAACAGGCAAAGUAAAAAAGAAGCUGUAAAAGAAGCAAAGAAAGCUGAAGAGAUGGAACAUAUUACUAGUACAAUUAGAGACUUGUAUUUUACUGUGCAACAACAGCAAACUCAAUUACGGGAAAUGGAAAGACUUGUUCAUUCUAUAAGUGACAAGAAGCCUCCUGCAACUCCAACUUCUAAAAAGGAACCUUCUACACAGUCUCCGCAAUCAUCUGCAGGUCCUAAAUUGGAAAACAUAAAUAAUAUAAGAUACUGUGAUAGAAAUACUUUAUCAAAUACACCUUACCCCAACAAGGGAAUAAUACUGCAAUCUCUAAAUUAUAUUCAAAUGGAUGUCUUCAGUUCUCUAUUUUCUGAUGAAAUUAGUGAGAAUAACCAGUCAGUGCAAGACAAAUCAUAUAUACAUAAAAAACGUGAACCUGCAUUACUCUCAGAAACCUUACAAAAUAUAGAGUAUAACUUUAGGAGUUUGUUUUAAAUAGUAGAAAGUUUAUUUCCCUAAUUAUGUAUUAUAAAGCUAAUCUAUGCUUCAGAAAUAUAAUAUACAUAUAUGUCAAAAAUAAUUUUAUAUGACACAAAUGUUGUUAUGAUUCAAAACUGCUUUAAUAGUUCCACAUAUUUGCUUCAUGAAAAUGUUUGUCUCAUCUAAACCAACCACAGUGUUAUCCAAUUUAGAUGGUCUCAGAAGGUUUUGAAUUAAAUGUAUAUAAGAUGCAUUUUUAUAACUUGUAGUGAGUAGGUAUAUUCUGCUCUUUUAUGUUUUUGUUUUGUUAUAAUUGUUAAACAGUGAAAUCAGUUAUUACAAAAUGUACACU